UGAUGCCUCACGAAUGGCAAGCACUUCCUGGUUACUCACUCGGCUUCGUUUUCGAUUGUCAACUGUGUUAUGUUUCAAAUGCGGCGCUCAACUCUACAAGUUGUGGUGGCGAUGAAGAAGUAAACGCUGUGCAAAAGAAAGGACGGCAGAAUGGAGGAUUUCAAGCAGACCUACUUAGGCCUGUGUAAGGAAAGAGGUGUUGAGCCACAAGAGAGUGUCAUGGUCAAACUGCUGGAAUGCAAGUCAUCCCGUCUGGAUGUGAGUGGGCUGAGUCUGUCGGGGGAUACCUGUGCACUCCUUGGCCGUGCUUUUCAAAAGGAUACUUUCUUUACAGAGGUGUCACUCAGUGACUGCAUGGUUGGUGACGAAGGUGCCAAAGUUUUCCUCACUGGACUUUUUUACAAUACAACCCUUAAAGUCUUAGAUCUGAAGGGAAAUAACCUGAAAUCAUCAGCGGCAGAGGCUUUGGGGAAGCUGUUGGCACGUAACAAUACUCUUACUCGGUUAGUUCUGGACUGGAAUGCACUGGGAGUGUGGGAGGAAGCCUUUACUGCCUUUUGUGAGGGUUUGGGCUCCAACAAUGUGCUGACACAUCUUGACCUGCGCAACAAUCAGAUCAACCAUCAUGGAAUGUUAGCACUUGCUCAGACACUUAAACGCAACAGCAGCCUGAAAGUACUUGACCUGAGGUGGAACAACAUUGGCCUCCUGGGUGGCAGGUGUCUCCUGGAGGCUCUGCAUAGCAACCACAGUGUUGCGCAAUUGGAGCUGGCCGGAAACAACAUACCCAGCGACACACUCAAGGCACUUGAGCACAUUGUUGGACGCAACACAGAUCGACAAUCCACCCUGAGAGAAAGCCACAGCAGAAGCCAGGUGCUCACCAAGGAGAUUCAGAAUCUGAAGCAAGAGAAGGGACGUCAGUUCCAAAACUUGAUGGUGACCAUCGACAGGCAGAGAGAAGAGAUGGGACAGUCAAACCUGUCCAGUUCCAUCCAAAUCAGUCAACUCCAGGAAGCCUUAAAUGAGAGGAAGUCAACUGUAAAUUCUCUCACUGCAAAAUUGCAGAUGACUGAGGCUGCCUUUGCACUUUCUGAGCAGAAAAAUCACAGCCUGGCUGAGCUGAUAGCGAGAUUGAAGGUUGAGAAGGAGCAAAUCAUGGAGGCGCAGGGCCGAGAGAAGAAAAAAGUACACGAGGACAGCGUUUCCAGGGAAGGAAAGCUUCUCCGAGAGAUCCAAAACUUGACAGACACCAACGUCCAACUCAAAAACAAGGUGGACGAGGUGGAGCGCAAGUGCAAGUCGCAGCAGCAGCAGCUUUUUGAGCUAAAGCAGGAACUCACCAACAGCACAGCUGAGCUGAAGCUCAAACUCGCACAGGCAGAAGACCGACUGGAAGUUGAGAAGCGAAGGUUCAAGCAAGGCCUGGAGGACAUGGAUCAUCUACGACAAAGAGAGGUUGAACAUGUUCAUCGUCACCGAGAGGAAAGUGAGAAAACUCUACAGGAGCGCAUCUUCAAACUGGAAGGACAACGAAUUCAACUAGAAGAGGACUUGAGUAAGGCGAAAGCUGCAUGUAUGGCAGAGAGAUCCCAGGCAGAGGAGGAUCUGAGUAAAGCUCGUCUUCAAGUGAGACAAGAAGAGCAGGAACGUGUGUCAUCAUUGGAGGAGAAGCUUCGCUCCACGCGUUCCUCCUUGCAGGAGGUCCAGCUGCAAGUUUCCCAACAGAAACAGAUCAUCUCUGACCAACAGGCUAAGAACAGUCAACACAACAUUGAGACAGAUUGCCUGCGUCGCAGAAUAGAAGAGCUCCAGCAGGAAUUGUCUGGUAAGGACCAGGAAAAGGUGGCUGAGGUGAGUCGAGUGAGGUUGGAGCUACAGGAGCAGAUCGGUCAUUUGGAGGCCGAGAGAAUUGCUCAGGGAGGACUGAGAGAGAAGAUCGGUGCCCUUGAGAGAGAGCUUAAAGUACUAAAUAGUAACCACCGAGAGGCGCUGCUUGACAAAGAAAGCGAAAUGUCCUCUCUGCUGGAGAAGCUCCGUCUUAAAGAGGCAGAGAUCAAGAGGAUGAGGGACGAUGAAGCCCAAAGAGCUACAUAUCUACAGAAUGCCAUCCUUACCUAUGUGCAAGGCUCCCCUCUAGCACAGUACAGCAGCUCCAAUAAAUGACUCAAUGACCUCCAA